AUGUUUUUCGCCCUCUUACUCCUGUAUGCCUUCGGUUUGACACGAGUGACGGUGGCUACGGGUAUUGGGACCUUUACGGAUAACAAGUGCACGAAAUCGCACGAUCUUCUGACCGGGCCGAACGGAUAUCCAGACGGAACAUGCACGCCACUUAACUUGACUUCCUCGCUGCCUGGCUUCCAAGUGGUUGGGUUAGACUCUGGCUGCGCAGUUACGAUAUACGGGCACGACGAUGAAACCAACCAGCCAUGCUCGAGCCCUACAAAAAUAGUCGCGGAGCUCGCUUCCUGUUACAACUCCUCUUGGGUCUACUACAGUAUCGAUGGCUGUGAUCCUCCGGGUCAAACUCCCUCGGCCGCGCCCACACUAUCAACCACUCCUCAGCAUAAAAAUUCUAGUAAUAUAGGAGCAAUUGUUGGAGGGAUCGUUGGAGGAGUCGUCGGUAUUGCUCUCGUAAUCAUUGUCAUAUUCCUCUGCUACCGCCAGCGCAAGGGACUGGUAGCACUGCAAACACCACCUCCGUCAUACGAGCUGCCAAAUGGCGCGGUUAUGGAACUGCACCAAUCCGAGAAAAAAGCUCACACUGAGCUUUAUGCGCACGAGGCUGCGGUAGAGAUGGGACGGAACAGCACAUAUAUCCCACCUGCAGAAUUGCCGGCGGAAGAGCGACUAGAAGCAAAGAAAUACGCCCAACCAGAGGUGUAA